AUGUCGCCGGGAAACACGAAACAGUUUUCUCAGAUCGCAAUUGUCGGGGUCGGCCAAGUUGGUGGCGCUGCUGCCUAUGCCCUCAUCCUUGGUUCCGUCGCGAGCGAGCUGCUGUUGGUUGAUGUUAAAGUGGACUUGAGAGACGGGCAGGUUCGUGAUCUCUCCGAUGUGGCUUACAGCGUCAACGGUGGCACUCGCGUGCGAGCAGCUACGCAUCAUGAGGCGGGCCAAUGCGACAUUGUAGUCAUCACCGCGGGGUCGAGGUGGUCUAUCGGUGAAACCAAUAUCCAACACAUGCACCGGAACGUUUCGAUCAUGCGGAGCGUAGUCGGGGCAAUGAGGCCGUUCAGAUCCGACGCAAUCGUACUCGUCGUGUCAAAUCCUGUCGAUUUGCUCACGUCGAUCGCUCAAGAAAUCUCUGGGCUUCCGAAAUCUCAAGUCCUCGGCUCAGGUACUUUUCUGGAUUCGGUGCGACUCCGUGGCCUGUUGGCGGACAAAACUGGCGUGGCGGCCAGUUCGAUACAAGUGCCUGUGGUGGGCGUGCAUGGUGAUUCGCAGGUCGUUGUAUGGUCAGCCGCAACCAUCAACGGCAUGCCUAUCAACAAGUCCCUCCCGCCCGACACGCUCCAGCAUGCCGACCUUGCGGAUGAGUGCAAAAAUAGAUCGGAGAGCAUUAUACGCGCUAAAGGGGCGACACCUUUUGGGAUCAGCUCCGUCGUGUCUAGCAUCUGUUCUUCCAUCCUCCUCGACAGGGGGGAUGUUGAGCCCAUCAGCCAUUUCCAGCCAGAGUUCGGUUGCUGUUUCAGUUUACCUGUGAUCCUCGGAAGAAAAGGAAUCAUCAGAGUGAUUGGGGUACCGCUAGAUAGCCAUGAGCAAGCAGAUAUCACACAGUCGGCGAAGAGGCUGAGGGACGUUGUUGAGCGGAUCCAAAAGGAUCACUAG